CGCCCAUUAUGCCAACUUGAAUGUGUCAAAAGCAGGAAAGGUGAGAAUGCUCGUCCGUUGCUAAACCUGAAUCUUCUUACUUGCAUUUGCUGUAUGCAAAUAGUCCUAGUUACUGUUAUUAUUUCGCCGACGCUCGUCCAUGUGCCUCAUCGCUCCACCAUCGCUGCUGCACUGGAGGUCUCUGACCAUGAGAAGCGGACGCGUUUCGCAUCAGAUAACAAGCAUGCCACCCCUCCGAGUCAAGUCUUGUUGGCCAGCUUUUUCUCUACUGUUGGUCGUCUUCAAGGCAUCCGAGUGCAGAGUGUGGACAUUGUCAAGGUGUCCAGUCUAAAGGAGACUGCGACGCGAAAGGGGCGAGCGGAGGCGAUGCUAUUGAAUCGUGCACGUUGUUUACACAACACAAGUGAUAACUCGAGCUGCUAUCGCGAGGUGGCCCGGCUACAGGACCGCAUCAACAAAAGCGUUGCUAGGCCGGACGGCAACAUCCAGAAACCAGCAACCUGGACGGCAGUUCUGCAACUAUCGGAAGGAUGGAAUGCUAAUGUUGGCUGGCUGGACAGCAUCAACUGUCUUGUACGUUUGGAGGAGAGAAGAGCUGACGUCAGGCGAAAGUGGACACUGUUGGCCUGGCCCUCGGACAUGCCUCGACUGAAGCAAGACGUUGCGACGCCCUUUGCGAUGCGGCGAACAUGUUCGCCUGACGCCCGCCGCCCCCAGUCGCGAUGGCAUCAGGCGACGCAGAGUCAGUUGGCGACAGAGGCUGGGUUGGUUGGGAGCGAAUGUGCUCACGACGAGGCACAGAAUGCGUGUCGCGAACUUCGAGAUGCCAGCCGCCAAGGCGACAGUGACAGGCUGCGUUUGUUGGCGGUGGGCACCUGCCAACGGUGGUGUUUUUCCAUCGACCCAUCGCCAGCCCGAUUGACGUUAACGUGGUUCCGGGCCAUGGCUACGGAGCAAAGGCUCCCGUUGUCUAUUGCAUAUCCGCUCUGGCGGGUCUAUUGA